UCAUCCUUGUUACACUUAUAUGAUCGAAGACUAUGAAAACUCAUUACGGCAGCCUAACGAAUCAAAUGAAAGGAAUUCAAAAUACAAUUAUGCCAAAUUUCCUUUAACUUUGAAUGACAGUUCAGGAAAUUUACCAAACGAAAAUGAAAGGUCUAAAUAUCUUAUGAAUGAUUUUGAAACCACAUUUUCCGGAUCAAGUGGUACUGACAUUGAAAAUCAAAGAGGAUCAGAUGUAUCAGACCAGAUCUAUGCAACAACUGAUGACGAAUGCAAAAUGUCUCUUGAAGAUAGCAAAUCUCGGUCUUUGAAUAAAGAUAAAAAGAAUUUUAUGGAUUAUUUAGAAUGUGUUAUCAGAAAUUCUUUUUCAGAUAAUAACAAUAUUUCCAGAACUGCGAAAUCGACUGCGAAUUUUGAUCUGCCACCAGAGUGUAACGAGCCGAAAAAUGGCAAAGUGCAAGUGUCGGAGGAUGUAAUUGAUGAACAUAUUUCACCUGGAAUGCACACUACUAAAGGUUACAAUAAUAAUAAGAAAAUUGCAACCGACUUGAAGGAACCUAUCUCUAUCAAGGAGGAUGACCAUGCUGUGGCUGGUCCUUCCGGAUUCUGUUCUGGUAAGAAGAAAUUUCCACAGAUCUUCAUUAAGAAAGAUACUCCUAAAACUAAUUAUCGAACACACACUGACGACAGGCAUUUUAUAUGCGUUAUAUGUAAUAAACAAUUCUCUAAGAAAUCAAAUCGUGACCAGCAUUACAGAACGCAUACUGGCGAAACACCUUAUGUUUGUGAUGUAUGCGGAAGAAAAUUUUCCCAGAUAGGAAACCACAACAGACAUUACAGAACCCACACACGUGAAAGACCUUUUGUGUGCGACUUCUGUAAUAAAGGUUUUGCUCAAAAGGCUCAUCUCAAGAAUCAUGUAAGAUCUCAACACUGGAGAAAAACCUUAUAAAUGUCCAAUUUAUGGAAUGGCAUUCACAAAUAGCAACGAUUGCAAUAGGCAUCGCAGAAGAAAGCACGAGCGAAAUGAAAUUAUCAAAUUACAGAAAUAAAUAUUAUUUCCUUAUAUGAAAUUAUUUAACUUUUUUUAACGAAUUGGAGCCAUUUUAAGUCAAAAUUGUUAAAUUUAAAUUUUAAAAUUACUGUAGGAA